UUAAAUAAUGAUUAAUACGCAUCAAGUCUUAUAUUCUCCGUAAACUAAUUAAACUUAAACAGUGUGUUACAAUUUUUCGUACUGUUUGUCGAAUAUCGAGAUUACGGACAGUGAGGUUAUACUCUUACAUUUUCCAUUCUUUAAGUAAUUCUGAAUGGAAUGGACUAAAACAAAGAUAUAGAAUGCAAUAAUUUUAUUUUUAGUAUCCAUCUAUGCCACUGAUACAUGUUGCUAGUGCCUUAUAAAUAUAAUAUUAAUUCAGUGGAAUAUUUGGUGACCUUAGCAGUGAUUAUUGCACAUCCGGUUUAUUAGAGCGUACAUUGUUCAAUUUGCAUUGGAUCUUCAUCUGAGUUUUCAAAAUGUUAGACUCGUUGACGAGACGCGUUCCAUUUGAUGACUUGACAGAUACCCCAAUUUUGCAAUGACUGUUUUUAGUUUUUAAUCCAGCAGAUCAACCAAUAGGAAAUUGAAACCGUCUUCGUCUAUGUCCUAUUACUUUACGGAACGUAUAGAAAGCUUGCGUAAAAAAAGUCGUGAUCUAUUAGCGAACGUAAAAGAAAAUUCACGGAAAGUUGAGAGUAAACUAAAAUUAUUACAUUUACAAAAUUUAUCAUCGCGGGGAAAUUUGAAUAAGCAAUACCAGGUUGCUGAGGGAAAUUCAGAAUUCUGGAGAUUGAGGAACGACUCGAGCGGGGUUAGUGGAGCUCUCUGCCCUGAAUACUUUCGUUCAUCACCAAAGAAUAAAUCUCGAUCAGCUCCUGACAUGACAUCAAUCGGCCGUAUUUUGAUAACGUCCUCGAAAACACAUCCGAAAUUAACCCUGGUGAGAAAAUCUGUUAAAGAAUGUUACUGUUAUCCGGAAACAAGACGGAUACAGUGUCGUUCAAACAGAACCAAGUACAAGCCGUGUCCGCAGUGCAACUACUGUAGAAAUCAUUUCGACAUCGUUACCGAAGGUUCCCAAGAAGAGGAAUUACCUAUUUCAAAAAGUCAUACUGUCUGCUCAAACCGCGAUGAACUGGAAGUGUCUGUAGCGCGAAAUAAAAUUGAAAAUGGUGUAAAAAAAGUAAGCACCUCUGAUGAGAAAGAUGGUGCACAGACACCGCUAAGCACAGAGACGCUUAGAAAGGUACAAAAAAUCACUUAUAGCCCCAGAUCACAAUUUUUGCGCAACGUGCAAAGUAAAAUCUCUUCCCUGCAUAAUUCAUUUAGGAGUGCAUCAGAACCUGUUUCUGUAUUAGCAUUAAACAGACACACAUCGAAAAUGAGUCAGGAUGUUAACAUGACGCAAUCGCCAAAGCGUAUAAACUGCAAAGAAUUUACUAAAACUGACGACGAGGACCCUGAAACAGAACACGCGAAGUGUGUGUCACGUAGACCCGUGAAGAAGGACGUAGCAGUUAAUGACAGUUGCACUUGUACGAACAAGGAUAUGCAAAUUCCCUCGGAGAAGUCUUUGAAGACAAAGUCAUUAAUGCGCAGGACGGUAAUGUCUAAGAAACCGGAACAGCAGUUUCAGAAAAUGCAACUGAAGUCAUCACCAAGGAACAGAAUCGUUCGCUUAACUCAAAACGACCGCAAUUCUGCUUGCUGCGUACAUGCAAAGUGUCGCGUCCAUGAUGAUCAGGAUGGAAAAUAUGAAAAUUGCAAAGAAUAUUGCAAGCAGAUGAACUGGUCUUUAAAGAGGACUAAUUCAAAUUAUGGAAAUGAUAAUGACCGUGAAAAUAAUGAUGAUCUUAAAGACGUAAAGGAUCUUCACAAAUUUCGCGAACAAAACUACUUCGAUACUCAUGGUUCCAGUCAUACUCUACUCUCAUCAGGAUCCUCAAGAUCUUCUGGAUCUCUUAGACAGUACCAAUUAAAUGACAGACUCUUUCCAGAGCCUGUAAGAAAUAUUCAUAGAGAUGAUUUAGUAGUAAGCAUACCACCAUGUGGCACCAAACAAAGAAAACGCGUUCAUUAUUUUCCAAGAUAUAUUGUCAGGCAAGAGAAGAAUUCGUGCGACACAAAUUAUAAGAAAAGACGCUGUCAAAGUUGUCCGUUGACAGGUCAUGCUAUAGAUCUGGGAAUUUUAAAGGUGUCCCAUCCGCCAAAUAGUUUGGCGCUCAAAUAUCAAAAAGGAGUUCCAUAACUGGCACUUAUAUUAUAGCUUAAUUAUCUAUUUCUAAUGAUAUUUAUACCGGCUAUCGAAAAAAACAUCCAAUACUGGAUUGUCUAUUGUAUUUUAGGCAUUGCUAUCACCUUACUUUAAUAACAACUAUUAUCAUGUCAUACCAGUUUAAUGACACCAAUUGAAAAAUCAUGAUUUGUACACACUCAAUUAUAUAAUUAUUGCGAAAUGAUCUAAUGAAAUUUAAUGCACUUCGUAUGAGUACGCGUUAUUCAUUAAGUUAUCAUGACUGUGCAUUACAUUUUGACAUUUUACAUUGGCACAAAUUUUAUAAAUAAUAUAGCAUUUUAAUAAUAUCAACCUGUUACUAGUCCUAGUAAUGUAUUUACAAUUUGAACUGACGUGUAUUUUAUGUCUCAAUCAGUUUUUAUGUCCCACUAGAAAAAUACUUGUUAUUCAAAUGAAAAACAACCGCUCGGCUACGCCCGCUAUAGGUAACUAAAUUCCCGAAGUUUUUCUCCGAAGCCAUAGGUCACAUCAUCAACAUACUUUUUACUUACACGUUUACUUUACGUUUACAUUACGUUUUACUUACAUACUUUUUUUCGCCCUAAGGACAAGGUCCUUUGUCUGAUUGAAUUUUCAACUUCUUUCUGAGUGGUCACUGGAAUAAAAAAGUAACGGCAGGAAUAUAUAAUUAGUAAGAAAUAAUAUAAUUUUUUUCCAUUUUGAAAUGGUAAUUAAAGUAAACGUAUACAUAAUAAAUAUUCCUGUGAUACGUAUAAACAUAGUAAUGCAUAAUAUAAUGACAAUAUAAGCAAACCUGUUAAUGUUAAAAAAAAUAUUUUAAUUAUACAAAAGAAAACGGCUCGCACGAACCAUCCACUUAAUAGUUAAUGUGUGAAUGUUUUUCAUUACUUAGUAUUACAGAAUCAAUCUGUAUGCUUAAUGAGUAAGGUUAAAUGAAGACUUAUAGUGUCACCUCAAGAUGAUAUUACUAUUCAAGAUGUAUUUAUUGCUUCUGCAAAAACAUGAAGGGCGAUGCAUUAUCCAAUAUAGUGUUUAUUAUAUUGAACAUCAAUUCAAAAAUAUGAAAAGUCAAUUAUAUAAAAUCAUUUCCUUUCAGUCCUGACUUUUAUACAAUGUAGCAAUAUCAGUAAUGGACGUGAGUAUUUAUGAUCAGCCAGUAAUUAUUAUCUAAUAAAUUACCCAAUGGUGGAAAGCAAUGAAGAACUUGGAAAUUUUCCAAGACUUCUUUAUUAUCACGUUUCCAUCUCAACGAGUCUAUUUGGCUUAUAGGUCGAUUUCUAAACGUUGGGAGAAGGUCAAUUGCGAAGAAAAGUCGAUUGGACGUCUUUUUCACAUUCUCGGUCUACGUGACUCGGUACUCCUAUUCGAUCAAGGUUGAAAUUUAUGAGUGGUUUAUGAAUUUGUCACAUUCGGCUUAUAUCGAAAAAUUCUAAUGCUACUCAUCAGACACUCAAUGAAAAUCAAAUAAAAAAAAAAACAAAAAGUA